AUGGAUGCAAUUGCGCCUAUUAAACCUCCCUUAUCAGCUCACCAUGAGUAUAUCCUGAUAGCUACAGAUUACUUUACAAUGUGGGUUGAGGUCCAAGCCUUCAGAAGCUUAAAUUCAAGGGCAAUAAUCUUGUUCUUAGAAGAGAAAAUCUUUACAAGAUAUGGGAUUCUAGAAUCCAUAACUAUGGAUGAAGCAACCAUGUUUAUAGAACAUGAGUUCAAUUCCUAUCUCAAGGAAUUCGAGAUGCAAAAGAUUCAUUCAACCCCUUAUUUUGCUAAGGCCAAUGGACAAGCCGAAGCUAUAAAUAAAGUAAUCUCUAAAGUGAUUGCAAAGAUGGUGGAUGAAAAUCCUAAAAAUUGGCAUAUUCUCUUACACUAA